AUGGACCUCAAGGCUGCCAUCCUCCGAGGUCCCCUCAGGCGAGCACGACGUUCACCAAUGGAGGAGGAACCUCCCCCACCAUACUCACCGCGAGCGGCACCGCCAGACGCGCCGCCGCCGACAGCACCGCGUCUGCAACUGCAACGUCCGUCCAUCUCGGGGCCCUCGGCCUCUGAACCAAUUGCGAUCCCUUCAAGCCCACGGGACGCUUACUCGGAUGCCGUCGCCACACAAGCGCGCUCAUCGCGUGCACUGCCUGACGUCCCCCGCCGCUCCGUCGGCCGCUCCCUGUCCCCAAGAGGUUCUCCAUUGGCAACCCCGGCAUACGUGCGAGCCCUGUGCUCACCGCAGCCCCAGGGCCCCGCAUCCCUCGCCACUCUGCCACUCGAUCUUCUCCAUCACAUCUUGGCCCUCACCCUCGACCCACUGGCUACACCAGAGCACUACCUCUUUGACGUGGAAAUUGAGCGGCUGGCACGGAUCGCCGGUCUGUUCAAACUGCGUGCCGUUGACCGGCGGUUCUUCCUCAUUGCAACUGCUGUCCUCCGUGACAAGCUUCUGCCCACGUACAGGUCUCUGUUGGCACCGGGAGCGAGCUCGGACCCAUCGCCACCAGGUGACGGCGAGGACCCAUCCGUUGGCUCCGUCUUUGCGCGCAGGACGCGCGAGGCCGCCGUGCUCGACCGCUUCAUCGCACUACGCAUUGGCGAAGACUGGCGUAAAGCCGAGAGCGAGCUGUGUGAAGACUUGGGUCUAGAGACGGAGAUCUUUUCUGGUUUGCAGCCCGCCGCCCGCAUGGAAGACCUCCUCCUCACCCUCCCCGCCUACCUCAUCACGCCCACAGCCCCACCAAAGGGCGAGCUCUACCUCGCCCUCCCUCUCCCACACCCACACCUCGCCAUCAACGUGUCCCCGCUCUGGGCGCAGCUGUGGAUCCACUACCAGCCAGUGUUUGAGCCCGUCGCCCCCGGCAAGCGCGUGCGACGUAUCCUCGCUCUGGAAGUGAGGAGGGGCAGGACGAGCGAGGAUACUGUCCAAAGACUCAAGAAUGGUCUUGACGCCAUUCGCAUGGGCAGGCUGGACUGGGGCCAGAAGGUCGAGAAUUGA